AUGCUGCUUUCCACCCCUCUCCAACCGCCCCCCUACCCCUGCAAUCGAGGCAGCAACGGAAUGUCAAUCAUGUGGAGAGGGCUCGAGGGUGUUUCAGGAGGCACCGAGGGGGAGGAGGGCACGAUGCAGCGAGCGCACCCAGCGUCACUUCCGGCAAGAGGAAAAUAUCAUCAUCAUCAGCAGCAGCAGCUGCCGCAUGGUGGUGAUGGAUCUGUCAAAUUGCUCGGCUGCGAAGGCUCGCGCGCUACUCAACGUAGCGGGUUUGCGAGCGUUCACACGCGCCUACCCUUCUGGCUACUUUUGUGCACAUGGCAGGAGUCGCACGUGUCCAUAAAAACUGCCCGGGAAGAGGAAGAAGAUGAAUUAGACGAGGAACCGGUGUGA